CACCGUCAGUCGCUCGCCGAUUACCCAAGUGAUUAGUUUGGACAGCUCCGCGGCAAAUCCUUGAACGCAAUGCAACGCCAAAAGGUUGAGAUUGGCUCACCCGACGGCUCGCCGGCCAUCAAAAGGAGUGACAGCAUAGAUCCCAUCUCGAACACCGCGAUUCUAUCCGUACCGCAACGUCCUUCGUCGCCGCGACAGUUUUUCGAACGACUCUAUGGGCACUUGGAAAGGCGCUCCUCGGAGAAUGGGGAAAUCGACGUCGGAACACACGCCCACAAGCCGCCUCCUUGUGACACGCCCUACCACAGCGACGGCGGAAGUGUUUCCUCGCCGGACAUUUCCAUCAGCGAUGAGCGCACCUCGCUCGCCGGCUAUCCCGCCUACGAUUUCUAUGGCCACUCCAAGGACUAUGCUCAGCAUCCCACCCAGCAGCACCAGCACCAGCAGCAUCAUCAUCAUCAUUCGCAGCAGAUGCACCAGAAACUCAGCUACGUGAGUCCGCCGCCAGCUAUUGCCGUCGGAGGAGCACCGAAUCCUGGCCUGCCACACGGAUUCCCAGCCGGUUUCCCAAGCGACCCGCACUUCAGCGCCGGCUUUUCCGCAUUUCUGGCUCGCAGGCGGCGCAAGGAGGGCAGGCAACGCCGCCAAAGGACCACUUUCAGCACGGAGCAGACCCUCCGCCUGGAGGUGGAGUUCCACCGCAACGAGUACAUCUCCAGGAGCCGCCGCUUCGAGCUGGCCGAAACACUGCGCCUGACCGAAACGCAAAUCAAGAUUUGGUUCCAGAACCGAAGGGCCAAGGACAAACGCAUUGAAAAGGCUCAAAUCGAUCAGCACUACAGAAACUUUGUCGUGGCCAAUGGUUUUAUGAGCUCUAUAAUGGGUCAAGCCACCACGACCAUGCCCCCCGGAGGCGUCACUGGGGGCGUGGCCGUGGGCGUGGGCCUAAACUAUUAUGCCGCGGCAGCGACGCCGGCAGCGCCGCCCAAGGAUAACACGCAGGAUGCCAAUUUUAUCGACAUUGAUGACCAGCUCGAGCGGCAGCGGCAGCAGCAACAACAACAACAGCAACUGCAUCAGCAGCGACGCCAAGAAACAACAACCCCUAUUAAUAUUUGCUAAUACUUACUAAUUGAUUACAUUUAUUUGAGCUUUAAACUGUUUAGAUUAAGAUUGAAUAAAGGCAAUUGUGAAAACAUAACAGCCUUGAGGUAUGCACAUUUCGAAAGAAACACUUAC